AUGCCUAAAAUAAAAGGUUGGACGCCCGCCUGGCUCGACAAGCCUGCUCCAGGCUCAAACCUCUUUGCACCCGCCAAUGUCGACAGCAAGAGCUCUCCUUUUACCUCGAAAACGAAGCCAAAGCCCGGCCCUACGCGCACGAUAGCUCAGUCUGGGUCUCAGGUUUUUGUCGCUGUCGGAAAGGAAGUCAGAUGGGCCGACCUGAUCGACCUCAAGGAAAGAUGGGAGGAGAGGACUUCAAGAGGCCGCUCUGGUGCCAGAGUCAAGCGGGAGAGCUCUGGAAAUAUGAGUGAAGACGAUAUUCUCAAGGCUGCUGCUGAGGAAGACUAUGCUGGCUUCCGCACCAUCAAUGUUUCUGUCGGAUCCGACAUCAAGCAGCUAGUCAUUUCUCCCUUCUCAGAUUACCUGGCCGUGUUAACGACUCAUACUGUUCGCAUCUGUGCUGUACCAGAUCUGGCCCACCUGUCACAACCCAACAACGAAAUCAUCAAGCCGAAGUGGUGGACUUUAGGACCAACGACUCACGUUGUGGAUCGGUCGCCUGUUGCAUCUGCAUUAUGGCAUCCCCUUGGAGUCAACGGCUCAGCCCUGGUGACGGUCACUACUGAUGCUGUGGUCAGGGUUUGGGAGCUCAACCCUCUAGACCGGUGGUCCUUUGAUAAGCCCACUCUAACUAUCGAUCUAAUCAAGCUGGCAGAUGGCACGUCCUUGGACCAGAACUUUUCUGCCUCGACUGAUGUAACGCGCAAGGGAUUUUCGGCCGACUCUUUUGAAAUGGAUGUCGCUGCCGCAUGCUUUGCUGGCCGAGGCUCGGGCGGUUGGGCGCCAAUGACACUAUGGGUUGCAAUGACUGAAGGUGACGUCUAUGCUCUGUGCCCGCUCCUGCCAAGCAAAUGGGCUCCUCCGCCUACUCUUAUACCAUCUCUGUCAGUUGGCAUUGUCGGCAAUCUUGCUGCCGUUGAGGAUGAUCCGGCUGUCUCGGUCGCUCGAAAGCUCUUGGCACAACAGCAGCUGGACUGGAUGACCGAUCUGGACAACCAGGAGCCCACUGAGGUGGACGGUCCCCUGGGAGAAGCACCCGCCGAGAUCUACAACCGACCCAGCAGACCCGGCAUCGUACCGCGGCUUCAGGGCCCGUUUGUUCUGGACAUGAGUCCGGAAAUGGAAGACGACCAAGACACGGAGUUGACGGACAUCUUUGUUAUUGGUCAGAAACUGGACACGGCCGAGUUGAUGAUGGGCGAAGAUGAAGAACUCGAGGUCGAUGACAUUGAUCAAGAGGGGUUAUCGCUCAAUGUCAUCUGUUUGCUCUCGUCGAGCGGUCAAUUGCGCGUGUGUCUUGACACUGAUGGAGUUGAAGCACAGUGGCUACCGCCGCGGAACAAGUUCAGAAUAAUCAGACAAGAGAAUGAGCCUGAGCCAACCUUGCUAACAUUCCAGACUCUCGACACUUUGAGCAGCUUGGAAAUGACAGAAGGUGCCUGGCCCAUGUUCAGUCACGACGUUACUUCGAGAUACGCAUUCUACGUGACCAACCCUUCCAGCAUAACAUAUAUUUCACUAUCGCCCUGGGUCUUCCGACUGGAGAAAGAGCUUCAAGGCGACUCUGAUGCUGGAUCCGAGUUUAGAAUUGAUCUGUUGGUCAAAGGUCAAAGUUCCAGUCGCGAAAGGCUGCACACCAUUGACGGUGGAGUGGCCAAACCGAUACCAGCAGUAGUACCCAUUCGGGAUCCCGACCUUGGUUAUCUUGUUCUCACAGCCACAGAUGACGGACCUCUCUGCAUUAUUUUUGAUAUGCCAGUGUACGACUUUGAGCCUAUCAAUUCAGCCUCGCCGAGUCUGGAACGAAGCGACGAGGUGAAACCACUGGACUUCUAUGAGCCACGGCCGACCUUCCAGGCUCCACAUGUUUUUGAGAGGAACUCCGAUUUGCCCGAUAUGCUAUUGAAGCUCAAGACGAGCAAGCACAAGGCUAUUGUUGGGCAAGAAGUUCGCCUUUCACCUGCCACCCUUCAGGUGUUCACCGACGCCCAUCAGAUUCUGAGUGGCGAGACGCAUCGCCUUGGAACUGCAGCAUCAGAACUGUUUCGCAGGCUUGAGACCUUGCAAGUCGAGCUCAGGAAGCAGAUUGCCAAGGCAAAUGAGGUCAAAUCUAGAGUUGACACCAUCACGGGCGAAGACCAGGGCAGUGACCCAGAAUCCAUCAAUACUGCCAUCGAAAGGAGAAUUCAGGCUGCCAAGCAAAGAGGUGAAGCCUUGAGUCAACGCUUGGAAAAUAUGCGUCGCACUGUGAGUCGGGCAACCACUCGGGAGCUCAGCGACAAGGAAAGAGCAUGGAUCAAUGAAGUUAGGGGUAUGGAUGCCAGUAUAUCUGGCUCAGGUGGUCCCCCUGCUGAUGGAGUGUCCCGGUUCAAGCAGAUUGGAAAGAGGUAUAACGAGGCUAAAUCUUUGAAAGAAGAGCUUGCAUCCCAGGCAGAAAAGAUUGCCCCGACAGCAGGCGACGGUGAGGAGGCUGCUACUGCAGCUUCUGAUCUUCGCAUACCUGCUGAUAUUCGGAGGAAUAGGCUUAGUCAAGUACGAAGCCUGCUUGAACGUGAGACGGCAUUGGUCGACGCGGUCAAGUCGAGGCUGGAAAAACUCGCUGUCAAUGGUUGA